CAUUGCGAUAAAAACGAUAAAAUUGCUUAGUACUUCGCCAUUUACCUCGCAACACUUUGUUCGAGACCACGGUCGUGAUGACCUGAUCAUCGGAAUGCCGUCGACAUGAUAUUCGACCUCGGGCGUACCACUUACAGUCGUUUCUCUGUCCCUUGAAUCCUCAAUCUCGCAGAGGGUCAUGACUUCGUCCCAGAGUCAUGGCAUCUCCCCUGCGACUGUGGAAACCAUCGCUGGCCUCUCGGCCGGUUUAGUGUCCACCAUCAUCGUGCAUCCUCUGGAUAUCAUAAAGACAAGACUUCAAGUCGACACAUCUGCCCAUCCUCUCCUCAAUUCCUCCCGGUCUGUCCUGCACGAUAUUUUGCGAAACGAGGGUCCGACUCGAAUUGCAGCCUUGUACCGUGGUCUCACUCCGAACCUUGUGGGUAAUUCUGCUGGGUGGGCAUUGUACUUCUUGUGGUAUCGGGAGGGUCAAGAUGUCAUCCGCAAAAUCCGAGGUUAUUCACCUGGUCAUCAGCUUACAUCUCUUGACUACCUCUCCGCUUCUGCAGGUGCCGGAAUGCUGUCUGCAAUUUUGACGAAUCCGAUAUGGGUGAUCAAGACACGAAUGUUGUCUACAUCAGCAUCUCAAACUGGAGCGUACACCGGCAUGGUGUCAGGUCUUCGAUCCAUUCUCAAAAAAGAAGGCAUUCGCGGGUUCUUUCAUGGAAUGACUCCUUCACUCUUUGGUGUCAGCCACGGAGCGCUAUAUUUCGUGGCUUACGAGAGGCUGAAGCAAUGGCGCAGACGGGUCAAGAAAGAUCAGCCAUUGUCCAAUACCGAUACCUUGAUCACAUCCUCGCUUUCCAAGGUGUUUGCUGGCGUCGUAACCUACCCGCAUCAAGUAGUGCGUGCGAGGUUACAAACGCAUCGUCCCAGUGCUGUCACGCAUACGGCAAGACCAGGCGUGAUUGGUCUGAUCAAACAAGUUUGGCACAAUGAAGGCCUGGUCGGCUUCUAUAAGGGCCUUUUCCCUAACCUCCUACGAGUGGUGCCGAGCACUUGCGUCACUUUUUUGGUGUACGAGAAUGCUCGGUGGAGCAUCCCAAGGAUGUUUGGGUCACGAGAAGAUGCUUCUGAGAUGGGAGGCGCAAGAAACAAGAAAGGAUCCUUGUAAUUGCGAUCCAAGUUGGACCGGCCUGCAGCACAUCACAUGCAGGUCACCAAGGCAACUGACUCUGUUGCUCACUGUGAGGGAUUUAGAUGGUCGAUGGCUUCCUGCGAAGGAGUCAAGGAGAGACGCGAUCCUACUGCAAGCUGGGUACCAUUCGACGUCUCUGUGACGCCUCGCCGGGGCUUUAGUCCCCCGCUAUGGUGGCUGGCGGAGAUCGACAUCUCGAGUUUUCGACAGCAUUCCUGCCAAUAGUAUGCACGAUGCACAGAUAGGAGUCUCCGGGUAUCCCUUGUUGAGUCGGGGAUCCCUACCCCCUCAUCAUUUCUGAGCAGCCAACAUUGAUACUUUUGUAGAUAAAGCCACACCCAGAGCCGAGCAUAGUCUUCAUUGUGCCGUAUGAAAGCUGAUCUCAUGAGCACUCGGUGGGCAAGAAUUCGAAGCUAGCUGGGGGCCCGGCACAAAGUGUGUGGAUCUUUGCGUGCCGUUCCUGCAGGACGCCCGAAGCGCCCAAUGGUCUUGGACACUGUGAUGAAAUAAUGUGGCAGAAGAAAAUUCAGGCGCAUAUCUGGUCGGACUACGGCUGAUUUCAUUUCCCAUCCCAUGGUCCGCAAGUCAGCCUGGUUGUCAGAGAGAGAGAGUUGUUGAUUGGACGGUCGUCGCUCUCACACACUGCACACCCCUGUUCACGCUCAGACUUGCCCCCAAGCGACAUUCCCCUUCUAGCGUUCUUCUAGCGUUCUUCUAGCGCUUGUGGAUGAGUCUCCACAAUGGGAGGAGCAUGCUUGCACAAGUACGGAGUACGAAGUGAUUGUUAACUCGAGAAGAAAAGAAAAAAAUAUGGAGUCAAAUGCAGCAACGGUCAUCCAUCAUCAUCAUCGUCACCCGUCACCUUUUGGAGCCUUCCAUUAGUAUCAUUCUCACCAGACUUCCAACAUCCUCUGCGUCGCUCCCCAGCAUCUUUUGA